AUGGCCAUGUGGAUGACUUGCGUCUACUUGUGGUCCGACCCUGCCGAUGAGCUGACCGACCCGAGCGGCACCGGCCCCGGAUCCAUUGCGCCAAAGUUGCGCGUAUAUGGCGUAUCUGGCGUGUCUCGCCUGACCGGGCCGGUCGCCCCACUUCGCGCCGAACCGAUGUCGUCCGGAACCAUGGAACCCCCCGUCGGACCUCUCGUUGCCUCCGAUCCGGCUACGGCCCCGUCCCAUACCCCGCUCCACGGCCGGUACACCUCCCUGGUCCCAUUGCAACCAUCGCAUGCAGAAGCCAUCUUCAAGCACCUCGGCCGGGAAGAAAACGCGUGGCGGUGGACAUACCUUUUCAAUGAGCCAUUCCUCGAGUACGAACAAUGCGAGGCCGCCUUCAAGCAAUGGAGCGUCUCGAAGGACCCGCUGUAUUUCACUGUCUUAUCUGGUCCCGCCUCGAACCCGUCGUCUGAGCCGGUUGGCGUGAUGGCAUAUCUCUCUAUUGUGCCAGGUCACAGACGCAUUGAGAUUGGCUGCAUCAUCUUCAGUGAGCAGCUCAAGCAGACGCGCGCUGCUACUGAGGCUCAAUACCUCCUUAUGAAGAACGCCUUUGACGGCUUGGGCAAUUACAGACUCGAGUGGAAGGCCAACCAUUUGAACAAGCCGAGUCUGGCAGCUGCUGAGCGCUUGGGUUAUACUUAUGAAGGCACAUUCAGAAAACACAUGGUCAUCAAGGGAAGACGCAGAGACACUGCAUGGUUUAGCAUAACAGAUGACGAGUGGCCGGUGAUCAAAGGCGGCUUGGAAGCUUGGCUGAGUGAGGAUAACUUUGACGAGAACGGCAGGCAGCGCAAGGGUCUCAAGCAGUGCCGAGAGUCGUUCAAGGCAUAA